CUGGGUCGGCUUAGGUAUGCUUGGUGCUAACCCGUCGGCUUGAUGAUGCAGUUGCGAUGGAAUGCUUGCAAAAGCUUGGACCCACAGACCCAACGGCCAAUGAUGGUUGAGGGAAUCUUCGCCUGAAAUUUGAGGCAUCCAAGAAAGGCGAAGAACUGAAGGCACGUGCGUUCCUGCUAGACAGGCAUUCAAGGCAUUCAAAGCAUACCCAGACUUGGACGCGCUGCUAAAACGACCGACCUACCUCACUAUUCAAUCGACAAAACUUCAGAUCAAAACACCAUCAGUUCAAUCUGAGGACUUUGCAAUGGACUUCGUAUUUUUAUAUUAGUAACUCCUCUUGAUGGUUCGGAAUCCCUUGUGAUGGUAAAGUCGACGACUAAAUAGUUAAGGUGGCUUAUUAAUCAUACUGCCUUGCCUCUUGCUUGACCGGAUAAUGUUUCAACUUUCAAUUACCAUUCCAACAUCGAUCGUUGAUCUACAGCUGUCCAACUGCCUUGAUUACCUUCGUUGAAAUCAGCGGCACUUACACCAUCUCAAACUUCACUUGACUUUGAGAUUACAGCCUGUCCUAUUUGGCUACCACACAAAGACCCAAAGACCAAAGGACAAAUAACUUUUGCUCGCACAGCUGUAUCACCGCUGGAAGCAAAGGUUUCUGACCAACUAUUUACUUAAGCCCGUUAGACGGAGUCGACGGCAAGGGAUCUAUUUGCCUAACGAUUUGCCGAUCUUUUACUCCCAAACAUCGUCUCGGCCAUGCUCAGGGCGUUCGACCCACACGCCGAGGAUAAACUCCAUCUUCGGCUGCAUCGGGCGCGGUCCGUUGUCCUUACCUCCGAAGAGCUAGUCGAGAUCCGUGCAGCUCAGAGGACAUACGAGGGGGCCUACAUGCGGACCGCCCUAUCGCAGUUCAGCUUCGCUCUCAUCAUCCUCAAGAUCUUCACGUCUGAGUUCUAUCCCAUCGGGGCCCUCUUUGCCGUUUACGGUUUCUGCGUCUUGUUGGUCGCCGUGUAUCGCCGCCAUGAGGGCAAUCGCCAAUUCUUCAACGAGGAAGUCUCAGACAGUGACACAUCCCCUGCACGCCAUGGCGUUGGGGGGCGAGGUGACCAUGAAAUGCAACCAUUGACCAAGAGAAAGUUUCGUACCAGUGGAAACAGUGUUGCUCUACUCGCCGCCCUGAGUCUUGGGGCAUACAUUACUUUGCUCUGGUUAAUUUGGAAUAUGGAGGCUUGAGGUUCGGAAGAUAACAAGAAGGCCGUCUACUCUAUCAUGAGCAUCUUUGAGAGGCUAAAUUCCGUUAUAAAACUUGCCUAACAUUUGUUGUUCGGUACAUGAUGUCAUUUCAUAUAUCGUUGUCGUCGAAGUCUGUCUGUUCUCGGGGCCCAAUGAUCACCACAUCAUUGAGAUGGAUUUUUGGGCACGAAAACCAAAUACAUCAUACAUGAAAGAAUAUAAUGCAGCCCUGCUACCCGACGUACCCGAUUAAGCCGCAGAUCCUUCGAGAUUUAUCCUUGUCUCUCAAUCGCUCUCCUGAACCGGA